UCGCCCAGGCUGGAGUGCAAUGGAGUGAUCUUGGCUCACUGCAACCUCUGCCUCCCGGGUUCAAGCGAUUCUUCUGCCUCAGCCUCCUGAGUAGCUGGGAUUACAGGCGUGUGCCACUGUGUCGGGAAUUGGUGGGUUCUUGGUCUCACUGACUUCAAGAAUGAAGCCGCAGACCCUCGUGACUCCUCUCUGCCUCAAUUGCUCUGUCCUCCCUGGAGACCUGUAUGCAGGGGGUGCAAGGAGCCCCAUGGCUUGCAAUGGCAGUGCGGCCAGGGGGCACUUUGACCCUGAGGACUUGAACCUCACUGAUGAGGCACUGAGACUCAAGUACCUGGGGCCCCAGCAGACAGAGCUGUUCAUCCCCAUCUGCGCCACGUACCUGCUGAUCUUCGUGGUGGGUACUGUGGGCAAUGGGCUGACCUGUCUGGUCAUCCUGCGCCACAAGGCCAUGCGCACACCCACCAACUACUACCUCUUCAGCCUGGCUGUGUCGGACCUGCUGGUGCUGCUGGUGGGCCUGCCCCUGGAGCUCUAUGAGAUGUGGCACAACUAUCCCUUCCUGCUGGGCAUUGGUGGCUGCUAUUUCCGCACGCUGCUGUUCGAGAUGGUCUGCCUGGCCUCAGUGCUCAACGUCACUGCCCUGAGCGUGGAACGCUAUGUGGCCGUGGUGCACCCGCUCCAGGCCAGGUCCAUGGUGACGUGGGCCCACAUGCGCCGAGUGCUUGGGGCUGUCUGGGGUCUUGCCAUGCUCUGCUCUCUGCCCAACACCAGCCUGCAUGGCAUCCGGCAGCUGCACGUACCCUGCCGGGGCCCAGUGCCGGACUCAGCUGUUUGCACACUGGUCCGCCCACGGGCCCUCUACAACCUGGUAGUGCAGACCACUGCGCUGCUCUUCUUCUGCCUGCCCAUGGCCAUCAUGAGCGUGCUCUACCUGCUCAUUGGGCUGCGACUGCGGCGGGAGAGGCUGCUGCUCAUGCAGGAGGCCAAGGGCAGGGGCUCUGCAGCAGCCAGGUCCAGAUACACCUGCAGGCUCCAGCAGCGCGAUCGGGGCCGGAGACAAGUGACCAAGAUGCUGUUUGUCCUGGUUGUGGUGUUUGGCAUCUGCUGGGCCCCAUUCCACGCCGAUCGCGUCAUGUGGAGUGUCGUGUCACAGUGGACAGAGGGCCUGCACCUGGCCUUCCAGCACGUGCACAUCAUCUCCGGCAUCUUCUUCUACCUCGGCUCGGCGGCCAACCCCGUGCUCUACAGCCUCAUGUCCAGCCGCUUCCGAGAGACCUUCCAGGAGGCCCUGUGCCUCGGGGCUCGCUGCCACCGCCUCAGACCCCGCCACAGCUCCCACAGCCUCAGCAGGGUGACCACAGGCAGCACCCUGUGUGACGUGGGCUCCCUAGGCAGCAGGGUCCACCCCCUGGCUGGGAACGAUGGCCCAGAGGGGCAGCAAGAGACUGAUCCAUCCUGAGUGGAGCCUCAAAGUGGCUUCACCUGGAGGGGCCAGAGGGUCACCUGGAGCUGGGGAGACACAUCUGCCUUCCUCUGCAGGGAUGCCUUCACGUACUGUCCCUAGUUCUGCCUAGAAAUUCUGACCAGCACCUCAGUUUCCUUCAGAGGGAAACAGCAGGAGGAAGGAUCCCUGACUGCUGAGGACUCACACUGACCAGACGCCACACUGUGUGCUUCUUAUCCCUCCACUGCCACUCCCCCAGUUCAAGUCCUUCCCCUGCAGAUAUAUCACAGUUAGUUGGGGCUCAGCAGUCCUCCCUCUGGGGACUCCCUGCCACCACUGCCAGUUUCUGAAACGGUCCCACUGGGUCCUUGCUGUCCUUCCCAGUUCCUGUUUGGUUCUGGCAGGGGCCCAGGGAUCCAGGGGACCUGGUUCCAAUCUCAGCCCUGCUGUCACCACCUUGUCAUGCGCCAUCAAGCAUAUCAGUCUACCUUUCUUUUUUUUUGAGACGGAGUCUCACUCUGUCGCCCAGGCUGGAGUGCAGUGGCACAAUCUCGGCUCACUGCAAGCUCCGCCUCCCGGGUUCACGCCAUUCUCCUGCCUCAGCCUCUCCGAGUAGCUGGGACUACAGGCGCCCACCACCACGCCCGGCUAAUUUUUUUAUAUUUUUAGCAGAGAUGGGAUUUCACCGUGUUAGCCAGGAUGGUCUCGAUCUCCUGACCUCGUGAUCCGCCCGCCUCGGCCUCCCAAAGUGCUGGGAUUACAAGCGUGAGCCACCGCGCCCAGCCGGUUCUGCCGAACUUAAUGCAGUGAGAAGAGGGACAGGGACAAGUAGUCCUUGAAACUGAGACCCAUUCUGAAUCCCUGCAGGCCAAGUCAUUGCUCAGCCAGGACUCAGUUCAUGGAGGAAACUUGUCCUGCUGCAGUCCCUGAGUCUUGUCCUCCUGAGAGGAAGCCCUGGCUUCCAUGGCUGGGAGCUGGAGAAUGACCUGCGGUCGAUCUGUCUGGGUUCUCCCUGCAGACAGCUUCCUAGCUCAUGCCCAUAGCUCAUGCCCCCUGCCGAGAAAGUGGAGGACAUGGUACAGGGUUGCAGAUAAUGUUUAGUUUUAAAAAUUCAAUUAUAA